AUGUCGGUCAGUUCGGGCACCGCCCGCAGUAGACCAGCGUCGCCAGCUACGUCAGCGCCACGUUCUGGAUACCUGACCCCUGGAAGCGUGGAGUCUCCGGCGACCCCGUCGUCCACACCGGCCCCAGAGACUCUCAUGACUUGCUUCGUCGGCCAUGACAACUGUGCUGACGUCCAGGAGAGCAUCCACAUCAUGCUGGGUCACGGGCCGUACCAACGCCGAGUCCUGCUGUGCAGCAUCAUGUCGGUGAUCGUAGCUGUCUUGCAGGCGCUGUCGGACCGGCUUACGAGUCGGCCCGUGGACCACUGGUGCCGACCGCCGGACGACCUGAGUGGACUGUCGGCCGACGCGUGGAAGAACAUGUCCAUCCCCGUCGAGGCGGACGGCUCGUUCAGCAAGUGCACCAUUGACUGGAGCCGCACCCCGCUCUUCCCACCCGACGAAGAGUUCUGCCCUGGGCCCACCACCGGCAAACGCCGGCACAGCGUGCAAGAGGCUAUGGCCUACGUGCACGAUACGCUGUUCGAGCUUUUGCGUGACUCGCCGCGCGCCGUGGCUGCUACAACAUCGACGUCCAGCAUCUUCGAGACCAUGUUUUCGAUGCGGCCGGCGGCCUCACCACCUCCGUCGCCAACCAAUGCGCUGCCAGCGCCCUCUUCGCUACAGGUGCAAGGCACCACCGAUUCGACCGCAGCCGCAGAGGUCAGCCUGGAGUCGACGCAGGCGCAAUCCACCCUGGAUUCGGCACCGGAGAGUCUGAACCCGCGCGUGGACGCGCGGCGGUACCUCGUGAGCGACGAGCUGUGCGUCAUCUACGAACACAUUGAGUCACGCUGGGCGGAGGUCUGCGCCAAGCUGCGUGCGGAUCUCAACGGCAGAUACAAGCAGUUCCUCGCCGACUGCCGCAGCUGCUUGGAGUGCGAGUCCGGCGGUUGCGAGCGCGACCAGCUGCGCCACGAGAUGGCCGAUGCACGACGUGAUCUUAUCGCCGAGAUGAAGGAGGUGUUCCGGUCCACCUGUGACGAAUUCGACGAGUGGCGCAUGCACUAUCUGGAGCGCGAGCUCGAGCUGUCGUGCUCGGCGCUGCAAGAUGGCGACCGCUUCCGUGUGAUGUCGGCUGUACUGCGCUUCGAGAUCCUGGAAGGCCUGCCAGAGCUCGAGAAGCGCACAAGGGAGAGGGCAGCCGCACUCUGGAAGGAGCUCACUGAGGAGCAGUGGACAGACGUCGACGUACUCUUCGACGCCUAGCGCACCUAUAUCGCGUGACUUGAAAAAUGCAGUUUUUUUUUU